AUGCCAGACGCCCUAGCGGAAGUGGAGCCGAAGGCCGCCCAGCCCCAGCGGGGUAAAAAUACUUUGGCCGUGGAGGCGGAGAAGGGCAAGAAAAAAUCCCGGCUUUUGAGGACGGUUCCUGCUAGCCUGAUCAAGUUCGGGGCUUUCCAAAACCAAAACCGAGAAAAUGUUCAGGCUGGGGCCACACCCCCUGUUACGAAGAAGACAAAAGAAAAUUUGGAGGGGCCCUGCGGCCUGGGCUGUAUAGUUAUUCCCAGCUGUCAGCGUUUGAACAACUUCCAUUGCUUCCUGUUUUUCUACAGCCUCCUGAUCACCUCUCAGGGUAUUGUGUUUGGUCUCGUAGAUCUGAGCAUUGACACCUUUGAGAAGGAAAGUCAUCUGAACAACGUGGAGAAUUUAUUGUUGUCUUUGACUUAUGAUAUUUCAUCUUGCCUGAUUGUGGUGUUUAUAGCAUACUAUGGAGGGAGAGGAAACAUACCAAGAUGGAUUACAUUUUCCUCCUUUUUAGUAGGAUUUGGAUCACUUUUAUUUGCUUUUCCAUAUUUUAGUGGUGGAAAUGAUAGAGCAAGUGUAGACAUUGAAGGUAUCUGUCAAGAAAUGAAGACUAUCAAGGUUUGCAAUAAAGCUGUACCAUCAUUCCAAGCAAAAUAUGUAACUUCCUUCAUCCUGGGGCAGAUUGUGCAGGGAGUAGCAGGAAUGUCUCUUUAUAUCCUUGGAACAGUUUUUAUUGACAACAGUGUUGCCACACACUCAGCUGGUAUUUACCUAGGCAUAAUGGAAGCUUCGGUAGUACUCGGAUAUUCUUUGAGUUAUGUGAUAGCAGCAUCCCUUACUAGGGGCACUGAGAACAGUAUUUUUGCAAUUAGUUUUGAUGACAGUGAUGAACAUCAAAGACAGCUGCGGAAUUGGUGGAUUUAUUUUGGUUUGGUCUCACUUAUUGCAUGGUCUACAUUGAUACCAUUGUCAUGCUUUCCACGCAGUGUACGAGGUACAGCAAAGAUAAAAGCUGAGAAGCGUAAACAUCCUCAUCCAUUUGAUGGAGGGAUUAAAGAUCAGGAAUUUAGACCUAAUAUCAAGGAUUUAUUUGCUACUCUUUGGGUUCUGUUGAAGAAUCCAGUAUUUAUAUGCCUAGCUCUGACAAAAGCUUCAGAAUCUUUAGUUUUUAUUGGAGCUUCUGAAUAUUUGCCUGUAUAUAUAGAAAAUCAGUUUUUAUUAAAAUACUCUACAGCAACUAAAAUUGCAGGAUUUGUUUUACUUCCAGGAGGUGGACUUGGCCAGCUUCUGGGAGGUAUCAUUGUUUCCACGUUACGCCUGUCUUGUAAAGCCCUUAUGAGAUUUGUGAUGGUUACAUCUGUUAUAUCACUUACAUUCUUUGGUUUUGUAAUUUUUGUACACUGUAAUCCAAUACCACUUGCUGGGAUCAAUGAAGAUUAUGCCGGAACAGGGCAGUUGGGAAACCUGACAGCUCCUUGCAAUUCUCACUGUAAAUGCUCAUCUUCAUUUUAUUCUGCUAUCUGUGGAAGAGAUAAUAUUGGAUAUUUUUCUCCUUGCUUUGCGGGCUGUACACAAUCUAAAAAAUUAAAUCAUCAACAGGCAUACUACAAUUGUUCUUGCAUUAAAGAAGGAUUAACAACCUCAGAUGAUCAAGGUGAUUUUAUCGAUGCUAGACCUGGGGCAUGUGAUGCAAAGUGCUAUAAAUUGCCUUUGUUCAUUGCUUUUAUAUUCUCUACGAUAUUAUUUUCUGUUUUUUCUGGUAUACCAUGCACCCUGACCAUCCUUCGGAUUGUAUCAGACAAUCAUCGUUCUUUGGCCCUGGGUUUGACCUAUGUGAUUUUGAGAAUGUUUGGGACUAUACCUGGACCAAUACUUUUUAAAAUGGCAGGAAACACUUCUUGUAUCUUUCGGGGGACUGAAUACUGUGGAAAGACAGGACGCUGUUGGAUCUAUAAUAAGAAGAAAAUGGCCUACUUUAUGGUAGGAAUAUGUUCUGUUUGCAAAGUAUUCACUAUCUUCUUCACUGCUAUUGCAUUUUGCCUAUAUAAAUGUUUAUCAAAGGAAGACAGUGAUAUCCUGAGUAUACCUGUAAAGAAUCUAAAAGUAAAAAAAAAGGGAAAGAACUGAUUUAUAACUGGAUCGUCAAUGCAGAAGAAUUAUACACUGUCAGUCCAUCAAUGGAAUGCUAUAUUAAUAAAAUUUGAAAUAAUUACAAUAUAGUUACAUGUUUAAUAAAUGAAUAUGAUUCAUGUGACCCCAUAAGUUUUAUCAUAAUUUGAGUGCCAAUAUAAUAAUAUAGUCUCUGUUUUAGAUUCUUAAGAGAUCUUGUAAAAUACACAUUUAAUACUUUCAAUAGAGAAUACUUUGAAGAAAAAGGUGGAGCAGAAGUGGGAAAAUACAUGUAAGUUAAUUCUGACUAUGAUAUCUUAUGUAUUAGUUAUUAGCUUUUGGUUAUGUAGGACUACUUAGGUUCAUAUAGUUUAGUCUUACUACUUUUCCUUUGGGCUGUGGAUAUUUGUUUCUCAAUAGUUUCUCAAAAUAACAUUAGAUUUGUCAAUCCAGUUCAUAUAAUAAAAAUUUAAAUUAAUGUCAUAUUUAUUCUCCAAAAGCAGCUAGUUUUAAACCUUUUAAAAAUUAUCAUUUUAUCUUUUAUUUCACCACAGAGAGGUUUCUUUUAGAAACUUUCUCUGGUCAGUUGGCCAAUUUGCAAUACACAUUUUUAUGCUCCUUUAAUUUUUUAGACACAAAAUUCAGUAUGAUCGUAUAUUUUUACUUUGACCUUAAUUUUAUUGAUAAAAGAC